UACGCGUUGACAUAUCAUCCUUCCUCAAAAUAAUAAUCUCACUGACUACUUUUUCAAUCCCAUAAUGCAUUUCCCUUACAACAUGGCGACUACGGAGAUGGAAGUUGACAAUGGUGCUAAAGGGGAUGGACCAAAGGGAGAAGGAAUCCGGAAGUACUACAUGACAAAGAUUGAUGAAUUGCAGAUGGUGGUCACAGAGAAAAGCCAGAACCUGAGGAGAUUAGAGGCACAGCGUAAUGAACUCAAUGCCAAGGUGCGCAUGUUGCGUGAGGAACUACAACUUCUCCAGGAACAAGGGUCUCAUGUUGGAGAAGUAGUUAAAGCCAUGGACAAGAAGAAAGUCCUUGUCAAGGUACACCCAGAGGGGAAGUUUGUGGUGGACAUUGAUAAAGCCAUCGACAUCAAUGAUGUACAGCCAAACUGCAGGGUAGCACUGCGCAAUGACAGCCACACUCUCCAUAAAAUACUGCCAAACAAGGUGGAUCCCCUGGUCAGUCUGAUGAUGGUGGAGAAGGUACCAGACUCUACCUACGAGAUGGUCGGAGGUCUGGACAAACAGAUCAAGGAGAUCAAAGAAGUCAUUGAACUUCCAGUCAAGCAUCCCGAAUUGUUUGAUGCUCUUGGCAUUGCCCAACCAAAGGGAGUGUUGCUCUAUGGACCCCCUGGCACAGGUAAAACUUUACUAGCCAGAGCAGUUGCCCAUCACACUGAGUGUACGUUCAUUCGGGUGUCAGGCUCUGAGCUGGUACAGAAAUUCAUCGGCGAGGGAUCCCGCAUGGUCAGGGAACUCUUCGUCAUGGCUAGAGAGCACGCACCAUCCAUCAUUUUCAUGGACGAGAUUGACUCCAUCGGGUCAACGCGUAUUGAGGGAAGCUCAGGGGGUGACAGCGAGGUCCAGCGCACCAUGUUGGAACUGCUAAACCAGCUGGAUGGGUUUGAAGCAACCAAGAACAUCAAGGUGAUCAUGGCAACUAAUCGUAUUGAUAUUCUGGACUCCGCCCUGCUCCGCCCCGGCCGCAUCGACCGCAAGAUAGAGUUCCCACCCCCCAAUGAGGAGGCUCGACUGGACAUCCUCAAAAUCCACUCCCGGAAGAUGAACCUGACGCGGGGCAUCAACCUUAGGAAGAUCGCCGAGCUCAUGCCCGGUGCCUCGGGAGCCGAAGUCAAGGGGGUGUGCACAGAAGCCGGCAUGUACGCACUGAGAGAGAGAAGAGUACAUGUGACACAAGAAGACUUUGAAAUGGCAGUGGCCAAGGUGAUGCAGAAAGACUCGGAGAAGAACAUGUCCAUCAAGAAGUUCUGGAAAUAAAAUGCCUGAAAAAAAAAUCUGCUCUUCGGAAUCAAAUGCCCUGGCACAAAUGGCUCCGUUGUUAGGGUUAUUAUAAGUUAAGAUUGAAAAGAAAAAUAAACAAAUUUGACUAGGAAAUCCUUGAAGUGAGAUUUUCCCCCAGGUUAGAUUUUUUAAAAAUCAGUGCUAUUCACCUCUUUUCCCACAAAGUGAAAAAAGCUCUUUAUGAAACAUUUUCUGAUGGAUUUUAGAAUAGUAUCUGCUCCGAGCGGAACAAAAGAGGGCGUGGGUUGUUUUUUUUUUUUUGGUACUCGCCACAGAGGCACGCCAUGAGCCCUCAAGUAUAUGGGUGUACUUCAGCUUUGGGCGCAUAGCUUCUUCCAAAAAAAAAUGAACUCGGCAAGUACUGUUUGUUUAUUGAUUCCUGUGAAAGUUUGCUUAGUGCUGACUUUUUGUAAUUGGAAAUUUGUCUGUAUCUCAAUAAAGUGACGACCUGCAACUAUCGAACAGUUUUGUGUCAUAUUAGAAACUUCUGUCCAUGCCGCAUUCAUUUAGGAUAAAAUAUCGGUAUAUGUCUAGUCACUUGUGUCACUCAAAGGUACGAUUUUAGCAGCAGGAAACAAGACUGUCGUCCACUUCUUGUACUAAUGAUAUUUUCCCAGGCUUUGAAACGAGUCAACAUGAGAAAGGAAGGGUGAAAGUGUACCCUCAAAAUGACAAUUCACAAACUUCAGAGUUUGGCAAAAGUUAAUACAUUGUGUUCGCUUCUGUUAAAUUGCUAAGAGUUACUUUUGACUUGUCUGGAGUUGUCAUAAAAUAAAUGUAUAAUCUUUAAUGCCGUAAAUUUGGCGUGUGCCUGUCAUAAAGUGUUCCUAAAUAAACCCUUUAACACAUAA